UUUUCCUUUAUAGACAGUUUAAGGUUUUCAUGAGUAUUUUUUGAAGAAAAACUGUUUUGGAUAAAAACUGUUUUGGAUAAAGUGCAUGGAGGUGGCAUAGAUGCUUGUGUGCGGUUGUUCACUGUUUACAUAAUGACAGUACAGAGUGGGGAUUUCCCCGGGAAUUUCCUAGGGAAUGUUCGCGACAUCACGAGACCUGACCCGUGCUGCAAGCCCAUUGGCUGUCUGACGAUGCCAAAUUGCCAAGCUGACUACUGAGCGUCAUUGUUAUUCAUCGUCUUUGUCAUCAUAAUUGCACUGCAGCAUCAGCACUGGGCUCAACUAUCAGUGGGCUGAGUGUGAGUAUAAAAGAAGCUUUGUUCCAGCUGUCGUAGUCCUUUCCUCCUUAUUCCUUAAUAUUGGAGGAAUAUAGACCGAGAUCUAUAUAUAGGCUGAAAAAAAGAAAUGGCUACUACAUGCAUAAAAAUAAAGGCAAACCACUUGGCGGAGAACAACAAGGAACAAUUAGAAAAAUAUGAGUGCCCCAAAUGCGAACACAUACUAACAGACGCAGUACAAACUAGCUGUGGGCACUGGUUGUGUCAUGAUUGUGCCGUUGAAAUUUUUAAGAAAAUGGAAGGAAUGCCUUAUUGUCCUAGAACGGAUUGUGGAGAAGAACUUACAGCAGAAGAAGGAAAACCAUUUUUUCCUGAUAGAUUUGUUAGGAAGGAGAUUGGUCGUUUUGUAGUCUCAUGUAUCAAUCGCAAGUUUGGUUGCAGCUGGGAAGGCAAGCUGGGUGAACUUGGUAACCAUCUUGGGAACUGUGAGCAUAACAAGACUGAAUGCAAGCAUUGUAAUCAAGCAUUCUCUCCAUUGGAAUACCAAUCACAUGUUAAUCAAUGUCCUAAGAUGACUGUCGCUUGCCCUCUUAAGGACCAUGGGUGCAAGGAGACAGAGGAGAUGUCAAGAGAAGAAUGUAUUGAGCAUGUUUCAUCAAAAGCAGGAAUCUAUUCUCACAUGUUGAUGAUUGCUGACAUCUUGUCUUCAAUAGUACCAACAAGUUCUAAUGAUACUCAGGAGGGAGAAAGGAGAAAUUGUGUUGAGAGUGAUGGAGGUUAUGAGUCCAUAUCUAAAGUUCGUUCUGCUUCACCAACAGUAGCAAGGAGAAACGUCAGCACUGAUGGACCAGAUCCUAGAGGAAAUGAGUUUGGAUUCUUGGAAGACAGUUUACAUGUAGCUGGAGCAGUAGGAGGAGGAGGAUAUGGAGAGAUUGGAGGAGGAAGAGUUGAUGAUAAACUGAUGAGUUUAGCAAUGACAAAGAUAACAGGAAUGCAAGCAGAAUUAACAAAGAAGGACAGCCAAAUACACACUCUACAGGAUAAGGUAGCCCAACUGGAGACAACACUCUCUACCAAGAUGUCUGAGAAUGAAGAUAGAGAUUUCCGACUUUCCCUGAUGGAAAACAGUAAUUUUGAUGGUUCUAUGGUCUGGAAGAUACCUCAGUUCUCUCAGCGUAUGGAUGAUGCUAGAACAGGAAAAUACACUUCAAUCUUUUCUCUUCCGUUCUAUUCCAGUCGCUAUGGUUACAAGAUGUGUCUUCGCCUCUACAUCCUGGGGGAUGGUAUUGGAAAGGGCACUCAUAUGUCUUUGUUCUUUGUUGUCAUGAAAGGAGAGUUUGAUAACAUACUCCAGUGGCCAUUUACACACAAGGUGACCUUCAAGCUAAUCAACCAGUGCGGUGCUCGUGACAUCAUGGACAUAUUCCAACCUGAUCCACUCAGCUCUUCAUUCCAGAAGCCAAAAUCAGACAUGAAUGUUGCCAGUGGAUGUCCUCGUUUUGUGUCCAUGAAUGAACUAAUGCAAGGUGGAUUCAUUGUUGAUGAUACAAUAUUCAUAAAGGUCAAAGUAGAUACUGCUACCAUGCGUCAUCCAUGACGGCAUUAGGAAAGAAGAACAGGUGCUUGAUUGCUUCAAACUACAUAAUCACUCCAACUAUACUACUAGCAAAUUUACUGUUAUAAUCACUUAAUAAUCAUUUAUCACUCUGCAUGUUGUAUUAUAAUGAAAUGAAGCCAAUCUACAGUGGAUUAAUAAGUCAUUUUGGUGCAUCAGUUACAUACAGUACUGUGCAUUGUGAUGAUGCACAUAGUUGCACUAUUGGACCUAUUGUAGACUUCAUUGGCUUUGUUUCAUUAUAGUACAACAUGCAGAAUUAUGAGUGACGAUUUUGUUAUCAUAAUAGUGAACUUGCUAUUAUUAUAUUGUAGUGAUGUCUACUAUCUGCACCUGCUUCGCUCUCUCCUCUGAAUUUAAAUAUAAUUUUUCAUAUUUGCUAUUUUCUUAGAAUUAUAUUUUCUAUGAUCGUAUUAUACUUGUAUAAUGUCUAGUCUAUUUUUGCUUUAGUUUUUUGAAUAACAAUUUAUUGAGGCCACUUAA